CGAACAGAUCAGAGAAGGAACUCUCUGAGAUCCACUGCUCAGUUCUGGCCAACAUGCUGCAGAUGUCAGAGGAGGUUCUGGAUGAGUUGGACCUGAAGAAGUACAACACAUCAGACCUGGGACGACUGAGACUGAUUCCAGCUGUGAGGAACUGCAGAAAGGCUGUACUUACAGGCUGUAAACUCUCAGAGAGUCACUGUGAAGUUGUGGCCUCAGCUCUGAAGUCCAACCCCUCCCAUCUGACAGAGCUGGACCUGAGCUACAACGACCUGAAGGAUUCAGGAGUGAAGAAGCUGUGUGCUGGACUGGAGAGUCCAAACUGUAAACUGGAGACUCUGAGAUUGAGUGCCUGCAGUUUGUCAGAGAUCAGCUGUGCUUCUCUAGCCUCAGCUCUGAAGUCCAACCCCUCCCAUCUGACAGAGCUGGACCUCAGUGAGAACUACCUGACGGAUUCAGGAGUAAAGACGCUGUGUGCUGGACUGGAGAGUCCAAACUGUAAACUGGAGACUCUGAGAUUAAGGUGGUGCAGUUUGUCAGAGAUCAGCUGUGCUUCUCUGGCCUCAGCUCUGAAGUCCAACCCCUCCCAUCUGACAGAGCUGGACCUGGGUGGAAACAAGCUGAAGGAUUCAGGAGUGAAGAAGCUGUGUGCUGGACUGGAGAGUCCAAACUGUAAACUGAAGACUCUGGGAUUGGUGAGCUGCGGGUUGUCAGAGUUCAGCUGUGCUUUUCUGGCCUCAGCUCUGAAGUGCAACCCCUCCCAUCUGACAAAGCUGGACCUGGGUUGGAACGACCUGAAGGAUUCAGAAGUGAAGCCUCUGUCUGAUCUUGUGGAGAGUCCACACUGCAGUCUGCAGACUCUGAGGUGGUGGUGGUCUCGGUUAGAGUGUGAGUGAUGAGAAAGAUGUUUGUGUUGAGAGUAUCAGCUGAGACUCCUAGCCACACUCGCCAACAUGGGCAUCACAGGCACUGCCCACUCCUGGCUCGAGUCCUACCUCGCUGGACGCUCCUUUAAUGUGUCUUGGCAAGGUCGUCUGUCAUCGACUCAUACCCUCUCCACGGGGGUGCUGCAGGGGUCUGUGCUGGGCCCCCUUCUGUUUGCCAUCUACACCACCUCGUUGUCCCAUGUUAUCCGCUCACACGG